AUGCGCGCCGUCCAAGUCAGCGAAUAUGUCAAAGGCCCCCUCGACCUAAAAGUAACCGAGGUCCCAACCCCAACCCCAACCGCCGACAAAUACCUCAUCGAAAUCCACUCCGCCGGCACCAACUUCUUCGACAUCCUCCAAAUCCAAGGCAAAUACCAACACCAGCCGCCCCUCCCCUGGGUCGGCGGCGCCGAAUUCGCCGGCACAAUUCUAGCAACCCCAACCAACAACCCGCGCUUCAAAGUCGGCGACCGCGUCUUCGGUGCCACCCAAGGCGCCUACGCAACCCACGUCCUAGCCUCUGAACAAACCCUCCUCCCCGUUCCACCGGGCUGGUCCUUCGAAGACGCAGCCGGUCUCUUCGUCACAGCCCCGACAUCCUACGGCGGUCUUGUGACGCGCGCGGGCGUCAAGGCCGGCGACUGGGUUCUUGUUCACGCUGCUGCGGGCGGAGUUGGGCUUGCGGCUGUGCAGAUUGCGAAGGCUAUGGGGGCGACUGUUAUUGCGACGGCGGGGACGGAGAGGAAGAGGGAGGUUGCGAAGGCGUUUGGGGCGGAUUAUGUGGUUGAUUAUGGUGAUAAGGGGUGGCCGGAGAUUGUGAAGAAGUUGUGUAAGGAGAAGAGAAGUGGAAAUGGGGCUGCUGGUGUGGAUAUUGUUUAUGAUCCUGUUGGGAUGAUUGAUGCGAGUUUGAAGUGUGUGGCGUGGAAUGCGCGGUUGCUGGUUAUUGGGUUUGCGGCUGGGAAGAUUGAGAAGGUUGCGUUGAAUCGGGUGUUGCUUAAGAAUGUGAGUAUUGUGGGGUUGCAUUGGGGGCAGUAUGCGAAGUUUGAGACGGAGACUGUUGGGGAUGUGUGGAAGGGGAUUUUCGAUUUGGUGAAGCAGGGGAAGUUUAGGGGGACUUCGUUUAAGGAUGAGAGCUUUGUUGGGUUGGAGAGUGUACCCAGGGCGCUUAAGGCGCUUGGUGGGCGGGAGACUUGGGGAAAGGUUGUUGUGAAUGUCAUCGGGGAGGCGAAGAGUAAGCUGUGA